GGUUGCUUGCAGAUGGAUGGUGACCAAAGCUUCUUGGACACCAUUGGUUUUGGUUACACACAAACACAACCAGAUAGUCCAAUUGGAGAGCAGGCAACUCCAUCAACUCAGCAUCAUUCUGCAAUAACAGAGAAAGGAAAAUCCAACAAAGGAAAAAAUUGGUCUAGUGAUGAGGACAAGGUUCUCAUAGCAGCAUGGGCAAAUACAAGUUUGGAUAUUGUUGGGACAGAUCAAAACCGAGAUGCUUAUUGGGAUAGAAUUUCAGAGUACUACAACACACACAAGGAAUCAUCAUGGCCGGAGUGUAAUGCUAAUGCAAUCAAUGGCCGUUACACAACGAUUAACAGAGAGACCUCUAAAUUUUGUGGUUGCCUUCAGCAGAUUUUAAAUAGGCAAGAAAGUGGAAGGACUAUAGAAAAAAAGACAAACGAUGCACACAUUUUGUUCAAGGAAAUGGAUCUUAAAAAAAAGAAGCCUUUCACACUGAUGCAUUGCUAUGUAGAGUUUUCGAAGUAUCCAAAGUGGCAGACAAGAGAAGUUGAAAUUUCUCUUAAGAAACAAAAGAAGACCAUUGAUGCAAGUCCGGGCACAGCCACCAAUGAUCUGGGUGAUGCAUCCUCGGUACGUACUGAUGCUACCUCGAUACGCACUGAUGCUCUUGAACAUGAGAAAAGACCUGAUGGUGUGAAGAAGGAUAAGAGAGGUAAAGCUGAUGACAGUGCUUGCAAGCUGUCAUUAGAAACUGUGUGGGCAGCAAAGCUAGAGAAGGAUGAGAUCAAAGAGGCGGCAAGAAAUGCUCGCUACGCACAACAAUUGGAAUUGCGAAAAGAGGAGAUUGCACUCAGAAAGAAUGACGAUGCACGAAAUGAGAGGGAGGAUGCAUGGAGACAGUUUGAAUUAGAUGAGAGGGUCAUGCUCAUCGACACUAGUGGUAUGACUGAUGUGCUAAAGCAGUUCUACCAAGAUAAGCAGAAGGAGAUCCUUGCUCGCGGCCUAGGGUAAUGUGAACUAUAUGUUGUAGUUGUAAGAACUAUUUACUGCUUUCUACUAGUUGAGGACAUGGAUUACAUCACUCAUUGCAUAAAUAUUUUUUUUGA